GGUAUAUACUGCCUUGAGCUCGUCAUUCUCAGAGCGGGUGAUUUCAGAUAACCUUGAAGGCAAUACGCCAAUACCAAAAUAAUACGCGGUGCUGCGCGCGUACUAUAUACCUAGGUACCUAUAUCAACAUAUUACAUAUUGGUAUAUGCCGUGCAAUACGGCACACGACAGGAAUACGCAUUUGAAGCUGAAAGGAGUAUUAUAAUUUGUAUUUGUAUAGUUAACAGUAAACCAGGUUAUUGGAAGAAGGGGCUAAUGGAAGGUACUAGCAGAAACACAGCUCCAGCGCUAGACCCAGAGCAAGAGGCUGAGGCAGGGGUUUCCAAAGCUGGAGGUUCAGGAGCUGAUUGUAUGUCAACAAAAGAUUCUAUUCCAUCUGACACAGAACCAAACUCCAGAAACAAUUCAUGUGGCUGGAAUCCAAUCAAUAGACCGGAGCAUGCAAAGUCUGCUCAUCAUGGCUCUUCAAGUGCUGAUCUAUCGAUUGUUGAUAAUACAGAAGCAAGCCAACAAAUUACAAGCACAACUAUGCCUGGCUUUCCAGUCCUGGAACCAUCAGCUCCCCCUGCUGCUGGUCUGAGUGAAUGCAGCAGCAGUCAGGAUGCCACCAUGGAGUCUGGAACAAAUGACAGUGAGGAGGAUGAUGAUGAUACCGGUGGCCAGGUGUCCAUGAGGAAUUUGCCUGAUGAGAUUUUGGACCACCUGCUGACCUUCGUGCUGCCCUAUGACGACAUGCAGAGCUGCAAGCUGGUAUCUCACCGCUGGUACCAUGCCGUGAAACGUGUGGAGCAGAAGCUGUGUCGGCUGCUGGCGCGCUCCCUGGAUGAGCUGAACGUGGCCUGGUUCCACUACGACACGCCAAACCCGGUGGGCAGCCCGCUGCCGGCCGCAGCUCACCGGGUCAUCACCAAACGCUGCGCCCACUCAGCGGCCAUGCUAGACGGCCGCAUGUACGUGUUCGGCGGCUGCAGCUCUCGGAUGACGUCGUUCAACGACCUGUGGUGGCUGGAGCUGGGCGAGCUCGAGUGGCGGAGGCCGCAGGUGGUCGGCUCGUACCCCAGCCCCAAGGCGUACGCCUCCAUGGUGGCUUACGGCGACAAGCUGGUGCUGUUCGGCGGCUGGAGCCAGGCGGCGCCCUACCCGCUCCACCAGAGCUGGAAACUGUUCGACGAGAUGCACAUCUACGACACCAAGGAGUGCCGCUGGGAGGAAGUGUGCGGCGUGAGCUCCACUGAGCGCGUGGUGGGCCUGCCGGGCGCUCCCCCUCCGCUGGCCGAGCGGUGGCCACCAAAGAUGGCUCGUCACGCCGCCUCGGUGCACGGUCACCAGAUGGUGGUGACGGGUGGUCUGCACCACCUGCACAGUCGGCACUUUGGCGCAACCAACGAGGUGUGGGUGUAUGACUUUGUGUCGGGGGAAUGGCGCCACCAGCGCUGCAGCCAGCCGGCGCCGCCGCCCCGGUACGGACACUCGCAGGUGGCGCUGGAUGAGCGGCACAUGCUUCUGCUAGGUGGGUCUGGCGGUCCUAAACAGCUGAAACAGGACAUCUGGCUGCUGGAGCUGGGUGAACCUAACGCCGUGUGGCACUGGCACCAGCUGACUGUGAACGGUGCCGAGAGGGCGCCCUCGCAGCUGUGGUGUCACCCCGCCUGUCAGGUGGGCGACAAGGUGGUAGUGCUCGGUAGAGGUCGCGGCGACACUGAUCCGCAAUCCUCGGCGGCCGCCCCGCCGGCCGUCGCACCACCCGCCCUAAGACUCGAUGAACGGCAGGCGGUGCGGAUCCCGGUACCUGCCGGCUCCAGUCGCGGGGUGCCCGUCGUCCCGGUCCGGCCGGCGCCGUCCGCCGACCACAACCGGGGACUGGCCUCGGUCCUCGACACGGCCGCGUCCCGCCGGCGGCCCGGCCAGCCGCCGCCCGGCCCCGAGACGGGCUCCCUGAACCGGCGUCCGGCGCCGGUGGCCGAGCCCUCCGGCCGGCCCUCGGUCCGUCCGAACGCCUGCUGCAGCCGAGAGCGGCGCCUGGCCGCCCUGGAGAGGAUGCAGCAGCGCCUGGAGGCGGCGGCCGCCGAGCGAGCCGCGCCGCACCCGCGGCCGCGCAGCCGCCGCCCGCUCACCGCCGGCUACCGCCUGGUGGCACCGGCCGGCCGCCGCCCGCUCGUGCUGCAUGUGCUGGACGUACACAGCGCCGUGGCCGAGCGCUCCGUGACGUGGCGCCAGUGCGCGCGCCAGCACGGCCCCGACGAGCGCAUCCUGUACUCCCUGGUGGCGGCGCGUGCCGAGCUGGUGCUGUUCGGCGGCAUCGUCACACCGCCGCGCGCCGCCGAGACGGCCACUGACCCGGAGCCCGACCAGAACGCCGCCUUUAACGCCGUCAGCUUCCUGGCCAUCCCUGCAGACAUGUUCCAGUGAGCGGCCGGCGGCGGCCGGCGGAGGACAGGUGGGCUGCGGCAGUCCCGAGGGAUAGCGGCACGUGCGGCUCAGGGGAGAUGUGAAAGUGUCGCUGACGAGGCCCGUGUCGCGGUACGUCAUGGAUUGUUGAAACUAUUGUUGAAAAUGUUGUUUAUACUCGUAUCUGCACCUGUCUUCGUUGUGCCGUUGGUGACUAGCUGUGUCGCUUGGUGCUUUAAUUAAUCCGCGACGACCGCGCCAGUCAAGGAGCAGCCCGAGCCGUGCUGCAGCGUUCACUGUGUAUGGGACCAGGCUGGCGGGCGAUGGGUCUCGGUGCUUCCCUUGUUUCAUUGCUGCCGUCAUAUGUUACUCUCAGCUGUUGCAGUCGAAGUGCCCACGCUCGCCGAGUGUUUAUUUAGUCGGCUGGUGUCAGACUGAACUCCGUACGGUGAAGGGGGUUCAGGCCAGUCCCCCCAGUGGUUCUGCCGAGUGCCACCACAGAGUCUUUCGGUUGCCCUCAGCUGGUCAAUAACCAAGUGCCAGUUUGGUGAGGUGUGUUCUGUGAUCAAUAAUGUGAGGUAAUAAAGUACCCCUAAAGUUAAAA